AUGAGUUCAAAUUUCGAUAUGAAUAAUAAAAUACAACAAAACUGGAAUCGAUUUGAAAAUAAUAUUAACAACAAUAAUAACAACGACGAUUGUACGAACAGUAAUAACGUGUAUCCAAUAGAAAAUGACAGCAAUGACAAUAUUUACAACAAUGAAUGCCCUUCAGAAACAUCAUUUAAGUUAAACCAACAACUAGGACCUGAAUACAUCUCACACAGACCAGGACCCGGUAACGCAAAAAUAGCAUAUCUUGAAGGAUUCAAAGCAAUUCAACUUGCAAAUGAGAUAUUCGGAUAUAAUAGGUGGUCAAGCAGUAUUGGCUCGGUAGAUAUUGAUUUUGUGGAUGAGAAUAAUGGUAGAUAUUCAAUUGGACUCUCGGUGAUCGUACGAGUUACACUUAUUGAUGGGGCGUAUCACGAAGAUAUUGGAUAUGGAGAUUCGGAAAAUCAAAAAAGUAAAUCGAUGGCAUUUCAACACGCAAAGAAAGAAGCGGUAACUGACGGACUAAAGAGGGCCUUACGUCAAUUUGGAAAUGUAUUGGGAAAUUGUCUUUAUGACAAAAAUUAUCUUAAAAGCAUUGGAUCUAUUAAAGCACCAAAUAUACCAAAAAUUAAUCCUGAUGAUUUAUAUCGAGCCUCAUAUUGUACGGAUAUCACUAAAAAUACACCAAUGAAUUUACGAUCCGCUGCUGCUGUCCCUGCUGCGCCACAGCAAAGACCCAACAAUACCACAACACAAUUGCCAUCACCGCAAUC